AUGGAGAACGAAGAAGAGUUGAGCAUCGAGGAGACAAACAAACUAAGGGAGAAGCUGGGGUUGAAGAAGCUAGACGUGGAGGAUAAGCAAGACAAGAAGAAGAAAAGGGGUGUGUCGAAAAAUGAGCAGGACAACGAACCGAAGGGACGAGCUAAACGGGGAGGCGCCAAGAAUGGGAAAAGUGGGAAGAAGGACGAAGGUGAGGAAGAUAACCAAGAAGGGGGUGAUGCCGAAGAAGGGGAAGACAAAAACAGACGCGGCAAAACGAAAGAACCCCCUAAGGGAAGCAACAAAUCGACGAAAACUAUCAGCGAGGAGUUUAAUGAUGACAUAGACGAUGUGGAGAAGUGGGUAAACAAAACGAGAAACACCAUCGAUAAGAAGCUGGCCGAUGAUGAAGGCAUCAACGUGGCUAGUGGCCAUGCCACGGUGGAACACAAAAAUGAAGAACUAACAGAUGACAUGAUUUUGACAUUGAAAGAUCAACACGUCUUAAAUAAUGACGAAGAAAAAGACUGCCUAAUAAAUGAGGAAUUAAAAAAAAAAAAUGUGAAAAGUUUACUAGCAAAAAAUGAUGACAGUUUUUGGAAAAAAAAUUAUUAUGACCCCCUCUCGUAUUAUGACGAUACGAAUAAGCUCAAUGCAGAGGAUGGCUCAGCUGUGCAUAUGAUUUCGAAAUAUGACGAGACGAAGCACUCCAUCGAUGUGACUAUAAAGUAUGAUGAGGAGGGGGGGGGAGGUAAUGAUGACCAUGAUGAUGAUGACGAUGAUGAUACUGCUCAUCAUUCUGGAAGGGGGGGAACGAAGAGGAAGGCGAGGGGAGCAAAGACCGCCAAAAGUAGGAAUAAUCGACCCGAGGGUGAGGAAAAGGGGGAAGGCCACAUGCACCAUACACAGAAAACGCUGCCAAUGCGGCAAACGACUAGCCCAGAUGGAGGAGCCUUCAAAGUGAAGAAGAGAAAAAUAAAAAAUAUCAACAGGCGGAAGAAGGAGGAGGACGCGUGGGCCUUUCUGUAUGAUGAACCAGAGGGGCAGGAUGAAGAGGGGGAGGAGCAGGAAGGAAGGCAAGGAAAGGAGAGCGUCACAGGGAGGAAUACAGCUGAGGGAAAAACUCGAGGGAACGAACAGAACAACGAAAACACGAACGUUAUAGAGGAUGUUCUUAAAAAAAUAAGAGACGAACAAAGGAGCAUGGACUUUAACAACUAUUUCGAUUACGACCUGGGCGAAAACGAAGAGGACAAGGAGCUGUACGAACUCCUGCAACAGGGGAAUAGCCUGAAAAGGAGAAAAAAGGAAAUGGAUUACCAAAAGGAGCUCUUAAAAUAUAUAGUUAUAGAUGAGGACGUGAAGAGGAACGAGGAGAUCAGCGGCGAUGUUAUUAAAUUGUCUGACGCGUCCGAGUUCUGCAGAAGCAUAACUCUCCCGAUGGAGAUACAGGAAAGUGAGAACAUGGCGAAGCUGCAGAAAGGCGGGGGGGGCCUUCUCGACGCAGAUGCAAGUGCAUCCCUCGGAGAUGGCCGCUUAUCCAAUUUGUUGGAUCCUCUCAGCGUGAAUGCAAACGACGACAUGUUAAGAUCAACAGAUGGACUGAAGGGAAAGGGGAAGACCACCAAGGGUGGCCAAGCGAAUGGUGGUGAUAACAAUAACGAUAACGGUGAAGAUGACAACGAUAUGAACUUGAGCGAUCACGCAUUUUCCCAAGAUGGGGUGUCGGAAAUUUUUAACGAAAUUAAAUUGGAUGAGGGAUUAUACGGAGCGCUUGAGUAUUUAAAAACAAAAGGAGAAUUAAAUAUGGAAGAGAAAAUAUAUCGAAAUCCGGAGAACAGACCGUUGCAUAUGUCCACGUCAAAGCAUGACAUAAAGUUGGACUACAAGAACGACUCGGGUAAAGUGAUGACGCCAAAGGAGACGUUUCGGUAUAUUUCUUGGAUUUUUCAUGGGAAGAAACAGGGGAAAAACAAAAUGGAGAAGAAAAUGAGGAGGAUGGAGAUCGAGCGCCGCUUUAAGGAGGACCCCAUGGGUUCCCUUCCCACGCUCAACGUUCUGAAGAAGGUGCAGCAGGUCCAAAAGAAGUCGUACUUCACCCUGUCGAGUAAUAACUGA